CCUCCGGCGCUGCACGUUCAGUAAAACAACGUGGAUGGAUAAAGAUUGGAAUAUAACUUCACACAAGUCAUCUUUUAGCGAUUUUUUUCUAUCUUAUGACCUGUUCCGGGAGGAUUUAAUAAAUUGACUGCAGCAGGAGGCUGAAGAUGGGGAAGGCGCCUAAAAAGAGGAGCCUCGCGGACAAAGUCCGCAAAACCAAAACCUCCACCGAGAUCAAGAACAAUCCCUUCGAGGUGAAGAUCAACAGGAAGAAGUUUGAUGUUCUGGGGAGAAAAUCCAAGCACGAUGUGGGUCUGCCGGGUGUGUCCCGGUCCAAGGCCAUCACUAAGAGGAAAGAAACUCUCCUGAAGGAGUACAAACAGAAGGGCAAAUCCAGUAAAUUCAUCGACAGACGGUUUGGAGAGUAUGACACCAAGAUGGCACCAGAGGACAAGAUCCUGCAGAGGUUUGCGAUGGAGAGGCAGCGGACGCACGAGAAGAAGGACGUUUAUAACCUGAACGAGGAGGAAGAGCUGACUCAUUACGGCCAGUCGCUGGCCGAAAUGGAAAAGUUCAACGACUUGGUGAACAGUGACGAUGAAACGGAGGAGAAAGGCCUUUUGUCAGCUGAGCUGACGGCCUCCCACUUCGGAGGAGGCGGCGGGCUUCUGAAGAAGAAGACACCCGGGGAGCCGGAGGCGGAGGGAAGCCAGAGGGCCAAAUCCAGACAGGAGCUGAUCGAGGAGCUCAUCCAGAAAUCCAGGCAGGAGAAGAGGGAGCGACAGGUGCAGAAAGAGGAGGCGCAGGAGCUGACGGAGAAGCUGGAUCAGGAGUGGAGGAGCAUUCAGGCCCUGAUGGUGAAAAAGACGCCCAAAGCCGCAGACGCCGACAAAAAAGAGGAGAAACCCAAAGUGGACGAAUACGACAUGAUGGUCAGAGAGCUGGGCUUCGAGAUGAAGGCUCAGCCCUCAGAGAAGAUGAAAACCCCAGAGGAGCUCGCCAAGGAAGAGAGAGAGAAGCUGCAGAAGCUUGAGGCUGACCGACUGAGGAGGAUGAUGGGAGAUGAAGGCGGGGCGAGCACUCAGAGCCAAAUCCACAUGUCGGCCGACGACCUCAAUGACGGCUUCAUCCUGGAUAAACAUGACAAGAAGACCCUGGCUUACCAAGACGGUAAAUGGAACAUUGAUGAAGAGCAGCAGGGAGAUGAAGACGAAGGCGGUGAUGAUGAGGAUCAGGAAUCUGAAGAGGAAGAGGAAAACAAUGAAGAAGGAGAAGAAGAAGAGGAGGAGGAGGAAGAUGAUGAUGAGGAGGAGGAGGAGAAGGGUAGCAGUGAUGAAGAAGAUGGCCACUCAGACCUGGACUCUGAAGAGGGAAGUGAGAACGAGGAGAGAAACGAGGAGGAGGAGGAGGAGGAAGAGGAGACGAGUGCCAAAGCGAAGACGAGUCUCACUAAAGAGGAACUGAAGGCUCAGCAGGAAGCAGCCAAAGCCGAGCUCCCGUACACCUUCGCCGCUCCUGAAAGCUACGAGGGGCUGAAAGAUCUCCUUCACGGUCACACUCCUGAUAAUCAGCGCCUCAUUGUGGCCAGAACUCAGAAAUGCAACCAUCCCAGUUUAGCUGUUGGCAACAAGCUCAAACUGCAGAAACUGUUUGGCUUCCUGCUGGAGUACAUUGGAGAGCUGGCUAGCAGGAGUCCUCCUGAACUCGCCACUGUGGAUAAGCUCAUACCUGAGCUCUACACACUCUGCCAGAUGUUUCCGGACGCAGCCUGCAAAGCCAUGCAAGGCAUCCUGGGAGAUGCCGCUCACAGCAUGGAGGAAGUGAUUGAGGUCAAAGGUCACGCCACCUUCCCCACAUUAGACACGUUUGUGUACCUGAAGGUGACGGCCCUGCUGUUUCCCACCUCAGACUUCAGACAUCCUGUCACGACUCCAGCCAUGCUUCUCAUCAGCCAGACUCUCACCAAGUGCCCAGUGAGAUCCUUACAGGACCUGGCUUCAGGCCUGCUGCUGUGCUGCCUGGCGGUGGAGUACGUCUCCUUCUCCAAGCGCUUCUUUCCUGAACUCAUCACCUUUCUGACCGGGACGCUCCACCUGGCUGUGCAGGACAAAAGCUCUCUAGGUUACACAGUGGUGCCGCCCUUCAGGCCGUCGGGGAAGUACAGCGACCUCUUGGUGCCGUCUGACUCCGAGUCCUGGAAGAGCUGGAGCAAGAAGAGUCUGCCGCUGUCUGCGACCCAGAACCUGGACCUGAAAACGGACCCCGAGAUCGACGAACACAGGCUGAUGUGUUUGUCUACCUGCUUGGACCUGGUGAAGAGAUGCUGCCUGCUGUACAAAGACCUCACAUCCUUCACUCACAUCUUCCAGCCAACCAGAGAGCUCCUGUCCAAGCACCUCUCCUCUCAGACGCUGCCCGGUCCGCUACAGGAGCUUCACAGCUCGAUCCUGGAGAUCAUCGGCGAUGCUCCUGCGACUCACAGCCGGCUGGUUUUUGACAAGAAGAAGCCGAUUCCUCUGAAGCUGCUCACACCCAAGAUAGUCGAAGUUUUGGAUUACGGCAAAAAGCGCGGCAGCACCAGAGAGGACAAGGAGAAGGAGCGGCUGAAGCACAAGUACAAGAAGGAGUUCAAGGGCGCCGUGAGGGAGAUCAGGAAGGACUCGCGCUUCCUGGCCAGGGAGAAGCUCACCGAGGUCAUGAACAGGGAUGCAGAGAGGAAGAGGAAGGUGAAGGAGCUGUUCGGCAGCUUGGCCACUCAGGAGGGCGAGUGGAAAGCCCUGAAGAGGAAGAAGAGGAAGUGAAGGUCCCCUCCACUUUUCUCCAUCUGCUCCUCUCCAUAUGGACUUCUUCCACCAGUAUCACAUCAAACUUUGCAAAGUGGUUUUUUUUUUUUUCUUUUUUUAAACUCCCGUCAUCCGCCUCCCUUAAUAAACACAUCUUCUCCCGUCAUCUCGUGCUGUCAUGACUACACACCCAGCUGUCACAUACUCCAAUGUAGGCGUUUCACACGACAACUGGAUACUGCUGCUGGAGGCGUCCUUCAGCAGAUCACUGAGCAUUGUUCACCUUCUUCUUUUCCCGCCACGUCAGCGAUCACAGUGAAUGUGGCUGAAAUACAAGACUGACAAAUAACAUCUUAUUGGAUUUUAAAGAGAAAAUGGCGCUAAAGUAGUUCAAAUGAGCGCAGUGUGAAACAGGAAGUGUGUGAACAUGCAUGAAGUCAUUUUACCAGUUUGUGAAGCGCUGAUGCACAAAAUGAGAGGAUUGUGGGUGUUUUCAGGAGGAGGCCAGCCAGCUGUGGAGCUUCGAGCUUCAAUCCUGCCGAGGAUUAAUUUGAUCGAAAACAGAAGGUGGUAAAAGCAAGAAGUUGGACUGAGUGUUCUCUGCAACAGCUGAGGAGUGCUGAGUUAGUAAUCGAAAUAUUAAUUCCUAAUCUAUCUUUCUAUUUGCGCCAAGGAGUUGUCUUGAAUUUCGUCGUACAUGUAUGAUGACAAUAAAAAGUAUCGCAUUCCAUUCCAAAAGCAGAAACCUGUUUCUUUGUGGUGGAUUUGACACUCGGGGCCUCGCAGGUGCGGUUUGACUCGACAGACAGGAAGAGCUCGUGGAAAUCUGGUUUCUGCACUCGACUCGACUUCCCGUGCGACUGCUGCAUGAAAAUCUGUCUUCCCACCUGUCUUCAGCAGUUUGCAUUUUCUGCCUGAGCAGGUUUCAGGUCCCUCUCUCAUUUAUUUCAUUUAUCAUCUGAAUUCUAAUUCCAAAGGUUUGAAUGUGACUGAUAAAUGAAUCAGUCAAUAAUUGCAACUGAUCAUCACGUGUUUUAAUUAUUUGAAGGACUUAUUAGAAAGAAACGGGGAAAGUUUUAAUUGACUGUUUCCAGAGAGAAAAGAGUUUGAACCAUUAGGAGGAAGUAAGAAAUACUGCUACAUGUGGUGGCAUGAGUAUUUAUAAAGUAAAUUCACAGUUUGAUCUGCAUGCCUAUAUCCAAUAUGCUCUUUCUUUUACCUGCUUCAUAUUUACAAAUGUCCUUGAUGUCAUUUAAAAAAUAACUUUAGAUGCUUUAGAAAGACAAAUUGAUCUGAAUGCCUUCUAUUUACAAUGUGGUUAAA